AACGGCAAAUCACCAACGUCUUUUUAUUCUACCUGCUUUUAAUACAUUUUUAUGAUUGCGAAAAUAAUUAACAGUGACAAACUUAUUCAAUUUUAUUCAAUAAAAUAAAUAUUAUACAAUCGAGAAGAGAAAGUAUUCGUAUGUUAGGCAACCAAAUAUUCAGCUGAGAACGUAAACAUACUCACGCCUCACCGACGGGCGACGACAACACCAGCGUGAAUUAUAAAUACACAAAUCGCGAGUGCAGCGCAGAUUGGCAGAAGGACAGCGCAAAAGCUCUAUAAAUAUUUGUUGAUAUCUCGCUGCAACAACAAUCUGGAUGGUUUUAAUUAGAACGCGCAUUGACUAAGCGACCAGCAUUCGAGAUGCAAUGCAGAAGCAUCUAACCUCGACUCGCCCAGCGAAUUACGUUUUAAUUUUUGUUCAGUAAACAAGCCGGUUACGGAACCAGAGUGAGUGAUAAAUUUUGAUUUAACGAAAGGCCAAAAUGGCCACGUUUCUAGCACGCACCGCUGUGAGGAGUGCGCUGCGAAAUGCACAGAUUGCGACGCCCGUGCAAAUAUCAGCGGUGAUUAUUCGAAGAGAUUUCACUUUUUCAACUCCAAUAAUAAAUUCACCAAUUGAGUCAAGGUUGAAACUGGUACCGCUGAUACCUACACAGCGUAAAAUACCUUCUCAAUAUAUAAGAUUUUUGAGUUUUGAUGGCUCAAAAAGUGGAGGAAAAUCUGCUGUGAAUGAUGAGAAAAGUCAGGGCAAUGUUGAGGUUGCCAAAUUGACACUCUUUCAGCGAUUCAAGCAGAUGUAUCGAGACUACUGGUAUGUUUUGGUUCCUGUGCAUUUGAUUACAUCAGCAGGAUGGUUUGGGACGUUUUACUACAUGGCUAAAAGUGGAAUUGAUGUAGUUGCCAUCAUGGAAAGUUACAACAUAAGCGCAAAGCUCAUCAGUCCUCUGAAAGACUCGAGUCUAGGUUAUGUCGCCAUCGCAUAUGCUAUGUAUAAGAUAGCCACGCCUAUCCGUUACACAGUCACACUCGGAGGGACGACAAUUUCGAUCAGUUACCUACAAAAGUUCGGCUAUAUCAAACCAGUACCCACACGCGAACAACUCAAGGAAAUGUACAAUACCAAACGCGAGUAUAUGAUCGAUACUGUGAAGGACAAACGCGAAGAGCUGCGUCUUAAGAAAGAACAGCUCAAAGAUCGCACCGACAACCUCAUCGACGACAUGGAACGUAAAAUUGUGACGAAGAUUAACGACACAAAGAAGAAGACGACUAAUACCAUCCCCAAGCCGUAGAUGAAAUAUAACAAGUAUAUUUCGUCAGUUUGCCGACGCCAUUUUGGAAAUGGUAAUGUAGGUUAUUUUUUGUUGGAUGGCGUUUGCGGCGGUGUGUAUUCAUGCAGGUAACAUGGUGGUACACUGUACAUUGUUGUUUUUUUUUUUGUUAAAAAUGAAAUUUAGAGUAUUUUAUAUCGACUAUAAUAAUGUAAUAUGCUUAAAUUCUAAUUAAAAUCGAAGUAAUUACAAAAACAA